CCAGUGUAACACGAAUAAGUUGAGUUGAGGUCCCCAUCCCUGUAAUUUCUGUACUAUUUUUGCUUAACAGUAAAACAAAUUCUCCUAUAUAUUUACAGCUUCCAAGGGGGACAAUCAAUAGCUUAAUAACUUUGAUUGGAUCUCAUAAUAGCCAAAUUAAAAAUACCCUAGACUUUUCUGACAUGGUCAUAUGCUUCUUAAAGUUAGAAAGCCAGUGAGAAAGAAAAAUAGAGAAGGGAAAGGAGAGUAAGAGAGAGAGAGAGAGAAUCACUGCUUUUAUUUUAGUGAUUUUGUCAUAUGUUUCUGCUUCUUAAAGUUAUAAAAUUAUGAUGAGAGAGAGAGAAUAGGAGUAUGUAAAUAGCACUAGCUAGGCAGCAGUAAUAGUAGUGAGUGCAAUAGCUGAGCAACAAGUAGAGCAGCUGGAGAGCAUAUCAUAUCAUAUAAUCCCCUUCAUUCUCAUUUCCAUCAUACUAUAUAUUAUAUCAUCAUCAUCAUCUUUAUAUCAUAGUACAUGCCCUAAGAUCUUAUCAUCUUACAUUAUUUCAAAGAAUUUACUGAUUACAAUGGCAUUUUUAGUAGAAAGGAGUGAUCCUCUUCUUCACCAUCAUCAUCAUCAUCACAGCAUUCAUCAACAUCAUCUUAAUCAAGAACAACACCAGAAAAUGGUGUUCUCAGUGUCAGAGUCUCAGAAAUCAGUUCCUGCUCCUUUCUUAACUAAGACUUACCAACUUGUUGACGAUCCUCGUACCGACCACAUUGUAUCUUGGGGUGAAGAUGAGACAACUUUCGUUGUUUGGCGCCCUCCUGAGUUUGCUAGAGAUCUCCUUCCUAACUACUUCAAGCACAACAACUUCUCCAGCUUUGUCAGACAGCUUAACACCUAUGGUUUCAAGAAGGUAGUUGCAGAUAGGUGGGAGUUUGCAAAUGAGUACUUCAAGAAAGGAGAGAAACACCUAUUAUGUGAAAUUCAUAGAAGGAAAACUCCACAACACCACCACCAAAUUCACUACCAAGACCAAGUAUUACUUCCACAACAGUACCUUCCUUCACCGCCCGAGGAACAUGGAUCUUGGAUAAACAUUGAUCAGUCUUCUCCGUUACCUUCUCCGAAGCCAAGUGGCGGGCCUAAUAACGACAUUCUAACGGCGUUAACGGAAGACAACCAAAGGCUAAGGAAGAGGAACUUCAUGCUCUUAUCUGAGCUCAACCACAUGAAAACCCUUUACAAUGACAUUAUUUAUUUCAUUCAAAACCAUGUUAAACCAGCUGUGCCUAACAAUGGAAAUGACCAAAAUCGCCCUCCUAAUUAUAAUGCAAUGGCAGCAGCACCUCCUAAGCUCAUAGAGUUGGAUGAUCAAGAUAAUCAAGGCGACGCGAGCAAGAGAGAGACCAUCAAGCUGUUUGGAGUCCCUCUUCAGAGCAAGAAAAGAAUGCACCUAGCAGAAGGAAACCUUUGAUAUAUGAUGAUCAAGACGACGAAUAUUAAUUAGUAUUAGUAUUAUGUUAAGCACUGUUAUUAGCUAGAUGGCUAGGAUUUAACUAGUAGAGUCUUCAUUUUUACUUUGUAAGAUCAUCAGAUGAAGUUUUGGUUAAUUACAUAAAAAAAAAAAAGUGCUUAAUUAAUUAAGUUCAUCAUCAUCAUUUCCAUGGAUUAUUGCAUGAAAUUUGGAGUAUGUAUUAUCUGAUAAAGUAUGCCAUUAGUGGCAUGCAUGUGUCUGAAAACUUGGGAACUAAUUCACUAAUUAUGUUGUUGGAGAAUAAUUGUAUUUUUGUAACAGGAAUGAAGCACCUUUUUUUUUUUUGAAUGUUCUAUGACUUUAAUCAAUGACUUUGGUGUAUAAAUGUAAGUAUAUCUUGUUGUUGGUCCAAAAAUAUUCUAGUGCAUCUUCUUUCUUUCAAUUGGGAUUUACAAAAUUUGUGCAUGGCAAUAAUUACAAGGUAUGUUAAAUUUGAUACUAUUGUAUAUGCCAUAAUUCCCUCCUCAAAAGCAGGGGCCACUUAUA